GUCAACAUGUGCAGACAGCUUGUGCGUCUCCUUGCACGUGUUUGUUUUAUUGAACGUCUCGUCAGUUACAUAAAGGAUUAACUGUUUUUAUAAUAAGUCCUGGGCAGGUUUGAACACAGAAGCCAGAUUACAGUAAGGAUUUUCAGACAACAAGAUUACCUCUAGAUUAAGCACCUUAUUUAGUUCCAGGCGGCGAAAGUCAGCCAUAAGCACGUCUGCAGAGUGUGUAUAAAAAGGGCAGCGCUCAAACCAAGACUCAUUCUGUCGGAUCCUCACAGAAAGGAAGAGUUUGAACUGCUGCUGCGACCUUCACCCAAACACAACAGGAUGGAAUCCUCCAAGCUGGCCCUGCUCCUCAUGUUGGUUUCCUGCGUGGAGCGCUGUCUGUCUGCCUCCUGUGUGGUGGACAGUUUCUCCGUCAAACAGGACUUUGACCCAAAAAGGUAUGCAGGAAAAUGGUACGCCCUGCAGAAGAAGGAUCCGGAGGGUCUGUUCCUGCAGGACAACAUCUCUGCUGAGUACACCAUCGAUGACGACGGCUCCAUGACUGCCUCCUCCAAGGGACGCGUCACCCUGUUUGGCUUCUGGGUUGUGUGUGCUGACAUGGCUGCCCAGUACACUGUCCCCGACCCUGGCACCCCUGGCAAGAUGUUCAUGAACUACCAGGGCCUGGCCAGCUACCUGUCCAGCGGAGGAGACAACUACUGGAUCAUUGACACCGACUACGACAACUACGCCAUCACCUACGCCUGCCGCACCAUCAAAGAAGAUGGCAGCUGCGAUGACGGCUACGCCCUGGUCUUCUCCAGGAACCCUCGCGGUUUCCCCCCUGCCAUCCAGCGCUUAGUGCGUCAGAAACAGGAGGAAAUCUGCAUGGCCGGACAGUUCCAGCAGGUGCUGCAGUCUGGAGCCUGCUAGAGAGGAAGAGGAGAAGUGUGUGUGUGUGUGUGUGUCAACUAGGGGGGUUUGAAAGCGAGCAGACGGAGAAGUGAAAAGAGAGUGUGUGGUCACCGUUGUGUAAACGUUGUAUAUGGAAGAAGACAAAGCCGCGUUCUGACACUUAUAUAAUCAGAAUCAAAGUGAAAACAGAUGAAACUAUGACACCAAAAUGUCGACAGUUGAAGUGGAAACACAUUCCUGUAUGUUUAGACGAUUAAUUGGUUUUCAAAGCAAAUGACAAAGUUGCUGUUACUUUUUUUUUUCUCUGCGGGACAAUUGUAAAAAUUACAAAAAUAAAAUAUUUUUUAAAUGUGAUUGUGAUUUGUUCUGGUCUUUCAAUGCCACACAGUACUGUUUUAGAACUGUUGUGAGAAACCAGGAAGAGUCUGAAGUCUUAGUAAACGCUGAGUUCUGAUUGGUGGCCCAGCCUUGUAAACAUGUUGCAC